AUGAAGCUGAUCGCCAGAUAUCUAGACGAGAAUUCCACUCCGGAGUGGAAACGUGCUUAUAUAGACUAUCGAGCAUGUAAGAAAGCCAUAAAGGUCAUCGCUCGACGGUUAGGACAAGAGAGAUCUCGUAUCAAGAAUGGUGAACAGCCGGACAAGGGGUCGGGCAGUCAUGAAAGCUCGGACGAUGUGGACCAUGGACCUUCAGCACCUCCGAGAUCUAGUAAGGGUACCAGUCCUUCUAUGGGUUCAGGGGGCAAAUCGCCUAGAGAUAGGGGAAGAGCGUCGUUGAAGAAUACUCCUAGUAUACCCGGUUCUGCACAAUAUGGCGCUACAACUUCAACACCUAGGCACAAAUCCGGACUGCCACCCAACCCACCUCCCUUAGACAUCGGCGAACCCAGUGUUGCUCACUUGCCUGAGUCUACUGCUAUCACGGACGACAGAAUUCACCGAGAACCCUCUCAUACGCAGCACAAGCCAGGUACCGUCACUUUUACCGAAAACCCCCCUUCACCCACAAGCCCCGAAGGAUCUCAUCAUCGUUCGAGCGAGGAUCCGAUAGUCACUUCUGACUCCAAUGCUCCCCUCAGACCAAAUGCAGCCCCAAGAUCUGGUUCGAAGACCAGAAAAAGCCCAAGGAGACCAUUCGGGAUACGCAGCGGGUCUAGUCCUUUCAUUCAGGGGCACAGUCCAAAGUUAGACCGGAAGAGUGUUCGUUCAAUGACAUUCUCUUCUCCUCGCAUACCUGCUAGAUCUGCCAAAACAUUCGAAGAGCUUUAUGGCCUCCUCGAACCCGACGAAAAAGCCUUUUUCGACCUGUUAGAUCGAGAGCUAAAUAAAGUCGAGACGUUUUAUCGUGCUCGUGAAGGUGAAGCUAUCCGACGUGCUCAUGAUCUUCGAGAUCAAUUACGAGAGCUAGCGGAGCAUAGAAAGAUAUAUCAUGAGAUUUAUCCGGAGGGUACGCCGGAAUGGGAGACCAAAGUCGGUCGAAUCCUACCGAGUAACGUGCAAGCUUAUAAAUUGUCGACCGUGGCGAAUAACCUGCAAAGACGGAUCCCAUUUUUCAACGGGGGUGACAGUGGGCGUGAGGAUGAACAACCGAAGACGAAUGGCGCACUCGGGGAACGAAGGGGAUCAGGCGAUGAUGAGAACAAGGCCCUGCGUGAGGCUAUAGUGGCUGAUAAAGACCACCAGACGUACAAUCCGGAAAGGUAUCUAAAAUACAAGAAAGACUUACGAGGCGCUGUUUUGGAGUUUUAUAGGCAGCUGGAGCUCAUAAAGAACUACAGGAUUAUGAACCUGACAGGGUUUCGUAAAGCAUUGAAGAAGUUUGAGAAGACUACGAGAAUUCACUGUUUGGAAAUGUAUACCGACGAACGUGUGCUCAAAGAGUCUUUCACCAACGGUGACACCGUUGAUGCUCUGAUCCAAAAAGUGGAAGAAAUGUUCUCGGAGCACUUUGAAAGGGGGGAUUCGAAGAAGGCACGAGAUAAGCUGAGACGACAACACCAAGUCCAAACUCACUACACGACCACAUUUCGAUCGGGAUGGUGUAUCGGUGCCGCUCUUCCAGCUGCUAUCUAUGCGCUCGUUCUUGCAAGACAAAAGGACACACAAGCGGCAGUCCCACAAUGGGAGGCACUGUUAUACCUUUACGCUGGGCUGUUUUUACCCGUCAUCUUUGCCAUGCUCGUUGAACUUAAUCUUGAUGCGUAUGUAGCUGCGCGCAUCAAUUAUGAAUUCGUCAUGGAGCUUUCACGACCCUCCCUCGAUUUUCGCUCUUAUCUCGAGGAAACUGACCAUCAGAUUCCUGCUUUUCUCUUCCUCACACUCUGCUACUGCUUCUUUUUCACCUUCUCGCGUGUGGGCGAACCACAUAUUGCACCUACAACAUGGCCGGCUGUUUGGGUUGUCUUCGUCGUGGUUUUCUUCCUGAACCCCUUGCCCGUCUGGAGGAAGAGAUCCAGAUAUUGGCUGCUGAAAGUGUUGUUCCGGGUUUUGACCCCUGGAUACAGUCGGGUGGAGUUCAUCGCUUUCUUCAUCGCAGAUGAACUCAAUUCACUUGUCUUCACGAUGCAGGACAUAUACUUUCUGGGAUGUGCCUACAGCCGUCACUGGCCGCCCGACGUUCUCAACGUCUGUCCAGUAAGCAAAAAUUGGCCUUCAGCCAUCCUUAUAUGUAUUCCGGCUCUCUCACGUCUCAUACAAUGUUUGAAACGUUAUCAUGAUUCCAAACUCCGGAUACAUCUCAUCAACGCUGGAAAAUAUCUCAGUGUUAUCACUCAGCUGAUCCUCUACGUCCUGUGGCGAUCUCGAGGUGGAAUUUAUCAUGAUCCUGCAUUUGUAGUCUGGAUCAUCGUAGCGACCAUAUCGUCCACUUAUGCCUGUUCCUGGGACUUGAUAGUCGAUUGGAGUCUGUUCCGACCUAAUUCUGGUGGUCUCCGACCUGACUUGGGAUAUCAGAACCGAUAUGUAUAUUACUUUGCCAUGGUGACGAACAUUAUCAUUCGAUUUGUUUGGGUUUGGUAUUUGCCAUAUCCGACUCAACACACCAGACUUCGAAGUUUCUUCUUCUCUCUGGCCGAGAUGUUACGGCGAUGGCAGUGGAAUUUCUUCCGUGUGGAAACUGAACAUCUCGGUAAUGCCGAUGCUUAUCGUGUAACCCGUGAAAUCCCACUUCCAUACAGACGAGUAGAACAUGAUUCAGAUGAAGAGACUCACCUUAAAUCCCAUCAUCUAUCUGUCCAUUUAGAUCGUCUACGACAAAGUAUAAGAAAAGGCAGUGGAAGAGGUCCUGAUGAAUUGGAUGUGGGACCAAGAGGACAUGCAGCUAGUAGAGAGUAUGAAGCUCGAAGACCUGGUGAUUCAUCUUUCAAAAGUAGAAAUUCGGGUGAGGUAUGAUUUGGUUCAUGUGUUAUGUAUCAAUUAGAUAUUGUAAAUCAUGUAAUCAAAGGUUUUUGGUAUUUGGAGAUUUAUGGAACGAUGAUUCAGAUGACAUGCAUUUAUAUGAACAUG